AGACACACCAAAAUUGAAGUGCAGGAGCUUGGUUAGCCUAUGUUUGGGAGUCCUUGGGCGUCAUCAUGAGGAUAUAAUAGAGGAACUAAGUGAAGUUUCUGAGAUAUUUCCACCUGAAAUUAAGAUGGCACUGCUGGCCAUUGCUAGGAGACGAGGACUGUUGUGUGAUACACUAUUGCUUGCGUUAGUAGACAGUUCAUGGGAAAUCUUAGAUAUCUCAGGUUCCGAAGUUACAGAUAAAGGAAUGCUGAAGGUGGCUGAGACGUGCCUUUGCUUGAAAGCUGUUGAUAUCAGUCGAUGCAACCAACUGAGUCCACGAUCAAUUGGUGCUUUGCUACAAAAAUGUGAGUCAUUGGAGACAUUGCGUUGGGGGGACACACCUCUAAGCAAUCAAGCUGCACGGAGGUGUUUAGAUUUCUUGAAGCCAAAGUUGAAUGAGUUUGAGGAGGAUAGCUGGGAAGAGCUGGACAGUAAGGACAUUACUAACAGUCCUCACACACUUCGCUGGCUAACAUGGUUUUCCAUUGAUGAGAAUUCAAGGUAUUACCUUGCAGUGGAGUGUCCUCAAAUCAGUGUUAACCCACCUACACCUCGUUAUAGAGGAGUACCGGUUCCUAGGGAAGCCCUUCCAGGUAUUGUAUUGGAUGCACUGGUUGUUGAAGAUAUAGACCCAAACGCAUGGGCAGUUUAUGCAGCUCCCAAGCUUAAAACAUUGAAGGAAAAUGCAAAAUUUGAGCCCAAUAUAAUACCAAAGUCUGAGCUAUUUAGGCUUGCUUUUGUGGAAAGAGAUGAGCGCCUAGCUGCUAAAAGAGCAAAGAACAUGAGGCAACAUCUAAGGCGUGCAGAGAAAGAAUUUAUCAAAUACAGCAGUGGAGCAAAAUCUCAUUUUUUGGCUCAUCUGGCACAAAAAUCGCUCCAGAGAUAGGGUAAUUCUAUGUUCUUGAAUUUAAGUCAUUUUGUAUAUAUAUAUAUAUAUAUAUAUAUAUAUAUAUAUAUAUUAAAUAUUAUUUCAGCGCACCAUAAUAUGACACUUGCACAAUUCCCUUUGAUGUGCUUGGCUGGUUAACCGAACUGAUUUUCAAAACAGUUGUUUAUUGGCCAAUUUCUGGUCAAUAUACUUUCAAAGAUGAAAGUGUUCUGUAAAAUGCUGACUACAUUUUCACCUAAAUGGCAUAUGCAACAUUUCAAA